AGCUAAAUGCUCCCGAGAGAGAGAGAGAGAUGGAGAACAGCGAAAGAUUUGAUUUAUCGUUCACCGUCGGAAUAAUUAGAGAACGAAUGUUCCUUUACGAUACAUUUACAGCGCUAAUCUCCCCACGGUCAAUGCUCCCUCUCUCGUUUCGACGAGGUCUAACUUGGCCCCAGCGUCAUUACGCUUAUCCGAAAUUCAAAACUACUACUGGAAAGUGGCCGGGUAGUGAAGUGAGAUUCCCUCGGUACUCCCUCGAUCGGAACGGCAACGAGGAGGCAAAAGUCGGGCCCAGAAACGUAGGAAAGGCAGCGGGGGCGGGAGAGGGAGAGCAGAACGAGAAAGGAGGGAGUUGGAUUACCGCUCUCGGUGGGCGCACGACGUUUCGAUCGGACUGGCUACCACAGAAGACCGGCUGCCUCCGACGGAACCGGUUGCGCGUCGGAAAGGACGAACGACGGGGAACUGGCAGGUCCCAUCACGAGCGAGCCAUGAGCGGGCAGAGCGUGGACAUGGUCUGGGACCCGCAGACCCAGACCAACUCGUUGGAGGGCUGGGAUUAUUCUAUCGAAUUCGCGUACCUUAACAGUCUUAAGGGAUCCACCUCCGAAAGUAAUCUACAGUUGGCGGCGGAGCUUGGCAAGACCCUCCUGGAACGGAAUAAGGAACUGGAGAAUAUCAUCAAGUUGCAUCAGGCUACCGUGGAGGAGCAGACGCAGGAAAUUGAGUACAUGAAAAAGCAGACGGCCGCCCUGAGGGAGGUAAACAAUACGCGGCUGAAAGUCUACGAGCAGCUGGAAGUGAGCGUGCAGGAUUUGGAACGUGCGAAUCACCACCUGGUGAUCGAGAACACGAGCGACAAGAAGCUGAUCAAGAGCCAAUCCGUGACUAUCGAGAAUCUGGAAAUAAGAUGCGAGGAGCUGCAGAAGAAGAUUGACGACUUGACCCAACAACUGCGCCAGCAUGCCGCGAGCCCGUCUAGAAAUAAUGCCCAGCAUCAGCAACAUCAGCAGCAGCAACUGCAGCAGCAACACAAUAUCGACUGGGAAACUUCGGAUACGCAAGGUGGCAGCGAGAAACAGAGAGCUGCCCCGUGCUUGCCGAAGCCCGCCCAAGAGACAGCCGAGAUAACCGCGGCGAGUGACGAGGAGAUGACCGAGUUGCUGAGGCAGCUGCAGGACGCGCGCAAUCAAAGGGCCAGGGAACAGAAGAAGGUGUCCGAGCUCAGUCAGCAGCUGACCACCUUGUUGCAGGAGAACAGCGCAUUGGAGGAGCAAUUAACGGAGUGGCGUAACAAGGCGCAGGACGUCAAGAGUCUGCAAGACGAGAUUAACACCUUGGAGGAAGUCAGACGAGGUCAGUUAUGCGGACGUUGUUUGCGCGGUAUGGAUACGAGGACACACGACGAACUCACCAUAAUGUUGGAUCAGGAAGAGUAUGAUGACAUAAGUAUGGCCGAGUCGUUAAUCAGCGAGAAUCAACGUGACUCCGAGUUGACUGUGCAGGAUACAAGCAGCAAAAACGAAGGUACCGACGAACUGGACAGCACGAAUCCUUAUCGAGUCUUGGUAGAGAAGUAUCAGGCCUUGUUGGAGGUCCAGAGACACUGUCAGCCCCGUCGCAAGGACCCACCUGCGGCGUGUAUGUCGUUGCAAGAGGAGCUGGAGAUGUCCGGAGAGUUUAACAAUUUCUAUCCCCCCGUUUCCGAGGUUGAGGUUGCCGCUCCAGAAGCGACCAAGACCGCCUCGCGAACCAAACCUGAGAACGCCGGCAAGAAACCCUUCUCGGCCACUCCGACAGACUUCUCUGAAGCUGAGACGUCGUCUUCAGGCUUCUCAGACGAGACCAGCAACAAAGCGACGCAGACGGAUGACAGACAAGGCUCGUUCCUGUGCUCCAUCGCCGACGGUGAAGACUGCAAGUUCAGCAUUUAUGACGACAACAGUCCAUUUGAAAGUAGGUUCCGCAAGACGCCAGAGUACCGACAGCUCUUCAGCGAGAUCUUCAGCGUUUUAAAACGGGCUGCCGAAGCCAAGGACGAAGGCGAGAAGCUACCGUUGCUGGAUGAUUCCACCCCGUCGCAGACAAAGUACGAUACAUCGUUUCAGGAAGAUUUGCAAAGCGAAGCGACGGACGACAAUCAAAGCGUCAUGUCUUCGAUGGUAUCGUCGGUGGUCUCGGAACCGGUCUUCAGGGUGCAAUCCGCCAGCCCGAAGGACAAACAGUCUGACAACAAGUCUAACAGCACCGCCGCGAAUCAACAGCCCGCAAAGGACGCGAGCUGCAGAAUGGAUUACGUGUCUCUUAACUUGCGCGUUCGCAAGAAGCCCUUGGCGAAGAAAAAUUUCGCUAAGAAGGGUAGCGACCGGUCCACGCCAGACGUCAUUCCUACGACGAAUCCGAAAUUCGUGCCACCCAAGUCCAGUGGCCGAAGGAGAUUUAAACCGUUCAAUCCUGACGAGCACACCGGUAUAUGGAACGGUCAGCAUAAUGCAUAUCCGAAUCGGUCGAGGGAUAACAAGAAGCCAUUUACACGCGGCUCAAACGAGCAGCAACAGCAACAACCGCAGCAACAACCGCAGCAACAGCAGAACAAUUUCGAGUACAAGGAUUUCAAACCCAGCACCGCGUCGGAGGAGGUGGCUCGGUUGAAGCGAUUGGAGUUGUCUUACGCAGAGGUUCUUCGUACGCCUAACAACAAAUCCAGAGCCAGUAAUAAUAAUAACCAUCAUCACCAUCAUCAUCAACAACAGCAUCAUCAUCAUCAUUAUCGUAGAAACUAAAUGAGACAAAUGGGCAGAGCGAAGCGCGUACAAGAUUUAGAAUUUUAUAUUUGGAUUUCAAUUGUAUCCCAACUAGAGAUCUCACGCGUUGACCCCGCAUCCAUUCAUCCCGCGAUGAGAUCCAGUAUUGUUUUUGUACUUUCUUGUAAAUAUUCAACAACGCGGAUACGUAUAGCGAUAUUAUUCUAGGCACUAAUUAACGCGUCCGCGGUAGUUUUAAGUUUUGAAUGUUCUCUUAUUGUAUAUCUCCUUCCUUCCACGCGGUGAACAUGCGACGUAAUUAACUCCCCCUCCUACCGUCGUUGAUCGUUACGGAGAAGAGAAAAAUCUAUUCAUGUGCCAUUUACUCUCCGUGUCAAAAUAUCAACUUCCGACUCUGAAACUCCGCACUAUUCUUCGAUAACGUAAUAUAUCUUCUCCCCGGGGAGGUGACUUAGUGCAUGUCAGCAGCAGCAUGCGUGGUGUGUUAGCUUUUGUAUUUUAUAGGUAUGAAUAUUGUGAUGAUGUUGUACGUAUAAAUAAAUAAAUUCUUUAUCGUAUUAUAAGUCGCUCUUCCCUCUUUCGUGGUCUAUUGAAUACAUGAUUAUUAUAAAACGGAUCCUCGAUGGGAAAACGACAUUUAUCCAGAGCUUACUCCUGCGUAAGUUCGUCAUGAGCGUGAAAAAAAUAUGACAUGUUCAACAUGUAGACGCACAUAGAAUAUAAUCUUUGAAAUAUACUAUGAAGGCCACAUAAUAUACAUAAAAGCUACAUAAUCUAUGACCGUGCGCACACGCGUAUAAUUAACUGCAUUUUAUUAUCCAUAUCAUAUCUAUUUCGAAAAGAAUGUCAAAGUUGCUGAAUGAGUACCACUUUUUAUUCGGACAUAUUAAAUGACAAGAAGCAGCUUGCACCCGAUAUCUCCGCGAUUCCUCGAUCGUAUUAUUUUUUUAAUGUAAGUGACUCUAUAUUUUAACACUAGAACGCUUGAACUUUUUCUAUUACUUUCCUUCAACAUUGAAAGAUAGUUUGCAAUCUCUAAUAUUUCAAAAACUUGAUGUAAUUCAUUAUUCGUGAAGUAUAUUAAAGUAAAAUAAAAUUACAAUUAAAAUAAUAUAAGGAGACAUUUAUCUCUAAAAAAAAUCACACAAAAGCGUUCCAGUGUUAUUGGUCGUAUAGACCGUAUAGAUUAAAGAUAAUAAGUUUAUUAAUACAAUUACAGCUGGGAAUUGAAGUUGCGCACAUUGAGUGCGCAUUUCGUCGUCCGCUUUCCUAAGAUUAAUCAGCAUAAUGUCCAUUACAUACAUACAAGACAUUUCCUUCUUCAUAUUGUAUUCACUUAUAUCAAAAUGGAUACGUUCAAUUAAGAAUCAUCAAAUAAUGCGCGAUGCACCGCUCCUAAACUUGGUUGUACAUAACUCGAGCUGAUACUACGUCUUGACCUGUAGAGAAGAAAUUGCAUCGUCAGCUGCAUACAAACGAUAUAAUUUUAAGGCAGCUAUUUUAAGACGCUGAAUUAAUUUCUGCAGCUACAGUACUUUACGACAUUAAGAUGUGAGAAAUUACACGUAAUGAUUUCAUGUGACACUGAUCCAAAUAAAUGAAUUUGUGCUGC